GUCUUUGAAGAAUGUCCUCUCACUCGCUGGAAGAGUCGGAGAAAUCAGCAAAUGUCCGUGGAUUCAGAACACUUGAUUCAAGUCCCAGCGAAAUGGGAAUGUCAAAAAAAACUCUGGAGAAGCUGGAAAACCAGCUCACCGUGGAGGAUAUAAUGAGGUUGCAGGAUGUGCUCAUGCCACCAGGUUUAAAAGCGUUUGUGCCAGUUAAUAGGAAGGCCUUCAUCGACAGGUUGGUCACAGCCCUUGGAUGUGGCGCUGAAGAGGAAUAUGGUGACCUGUUUGACCGAAUCGACGUGACCAGAGAUGGCUUUGUUGACUGGGACAAAGUUACGACCUUCAUGCUGUUGGGUCAUUAUGAGAAAGAAGAGCGUGUGAAGACAUCGGUCGUCCCCCAGUGGGGAGAUAUCGUGUACCUUCCAUCGCAUCACAAGGAGCCCAUACAAAGUAUAGUCCACCUGACCAACUCUCACCGUUACCUCAGUAUCAGCAAAGAUGGGUGGAUGAGCGUUUGGGGGGAAAACCUGAAGCUGCAGAAAACAUUACGAGUCGCCACCGACUCCGUGAGGUUGCGGGACCUUUGGGUAACGAGUAUGAUCUUCAUGGCUAAUGUAAACAAGAUAGCUGUUGCAUUUACCAGUAAGGAGAUUUGCUUCUACGAUCCAAAUUCCAAAGAAGAAUUUUCCUGGCAGUAUAAACUCCAUGGCUUAUGCCAUAUUCUGAUUUGUAUGCAUUAUUGGUACAACCCAGAAGAUGGAAAUGAAGCCAUUCUCACCUUUGGAGAUGUUUCUGGUGAGGUCAAUGCUAUUUGUUUUACUUCAGCUUUAAUUUCUCUCUUUGAGAGACCUGUCACUUCUACAGAGGAGCAGGAGACGACCGUCGCUAUCAGCUGGCUGGAGCUGCUCAGAGGAACUCACAAGUGUUGCUUCACAUUGAACCACAAGGGCCAUAGUAAAGAAUGGGUCAGGCAAGUGAGUUACUUUUCCAAUUUGGAAGCUUUCAUUUCUUGCGCUACCACUGACAUCAACACAAUAGUCUUGGGCUGGAAAGAAAAAGGAACGACAACACUCAAAGUCACUGCUUUCCAUGUUACUGAGGGUGUUAAUGCAUUUGAUUACCAUCCUGGACUCAACUUAAUUGCUUCUGCUGCUGCAGACCAUCAUAUCUACCUCUGGAACCCCUACCUCAAGUCUAGACCCACUGGCAUUUUGCGUGGUCACCAAGCCAGUGUCCUCACUGUACAAUUUAGUAUCUCACGAAAACAACUCUUUAGUUUUUCAAAGGACAAGAUUUUACGAAUUUGGGACAUGCACCAUCAGCUUUGUGUCCAGCGACUUGCUGGGAUUUUUCCAAAGCCUCUGGAAUUCCAAACAAUUCUGUAUUUCAAUGAACUUCUGGGUCACCUGUUCACCACUUUCAACAGCCAGUUGACCUUGUUGGAAAUGAAACAAGAAGUUGGCAAUUGCCUAACGAGUCAUGAGAAACCGGUUACCUGUGUACUUUAUAAUUCUCACUUCAAGCAGGUGAUCAGCUCGGACGUUGGAUCGACAGUAAUUAUCUGGAUGAUAGAAACUGGUCAAAAACUAAAACAAUUUACCAGGUGUCACGGCAAUUCUGAGAUCACAACGAUGGCCCUGAACGACACUGAAACGAGAUUAUUCACUGCAAGUGUUGACGGAACAGUGAAGAUUUGGGAUUUCAAUGGGCAUUGUCAUCAUAAACUGAAUGCAGGAAUGGACCAGGCAGCUGAGAUCUCUCAGAUCUUGAUACUAAAAAGGAGUAUAUUGAUACUUGGCUGGGAAAGUAAGAUUACUGUAUUCCGAAUGGACACCCUGACUGAGUUACUAGUCCAGCCUUCAAAAUGGAAGGGCAAGGCACAACAUCACAAUGAUAUCCUUUGUGCAGCGUUUUUACCACCGCAAACACUGGCCACAGGCAGCUACGAUGGAGAGAUCGUAAUAUGGAAUAAUAAUUCUGAAAACGCAUCGAGUAGAUUUCAUCCAUGUCUCAAUCAAACAUUGCAGCUCAGAUCAGGUAAACUUAGUGCCUACUAUAUAAUUUUUCUUGUAUCUUGUAGGUCCAUAACUUCUAGGACAGAAUUAGGCCAUCAAGUCCACUUCUCCAUUCAAUCAUGGCUGAUCUAUCUUUCCCUCUUAAACCUCAUUUUCCUGCCUUCUCCCCAUAGCGAUCAACAGCAAGAUAGUCAAACACAAGGAAAUGUUUCCACAGGUUCAAGUGGAUCGCCAUUGUUUAGCGCUGACGAUGAAGAUAAUAAAUAUAGCUACGUGAUUACCAGGAUGUUCUUUUUAGAGAACAGAAGGAACACUUUGACAACGGGCGGUGCUAACCUCGUGACCUGCGGUGCGUCUGGAGUUGUCCGGUUCUGGAACUCAUUUAAAUGCCAGCUCCUGUCUGAGUUUGACGCACACGCUGAUGCAUUGUCCAUCGUGAUGGCGGUCGACAAGAAGAAUAGCUUCCUUAUCACGGGAGACGUGAACGGCUGCAUUAAGAUUUGGAAUAUCGAGGACUACUGCCUGAAUUACAGUGAUGUCGUCAUGACACAACUCCCACCAAUGGUGGCUGCAAUACAACCUCAUUCAGAUUGUGUAAACCACCUUGAAACGUGUACACAAGACGGCCAAUUGCUCAUUCUCUCUGCGGCAGCCGACUGCAGUCUCGUUCUCAGUUACAUUUCUGGAUCAAUAAUUGGUGUAUUUGGACAGGAUGAACAUUGGCGGAUUGGUAAAUGUUCGCCGCCCCCCGUGAUAAAGUUGCCCCCCAAAGAAGAGAAGACCCCCAAUCAGAAACCCAAGAGAAGUAAAGUGUGUCCAUCAGUGACCAUAGACGAUGCCUCUCUUAUGGAGGAGGAUAUUGAUUCAAACAGCAGGGUGGAUAUAUGGCAAACUACAGUAUUGGGCAAAACAUUUAGGGAAAGCAGAAUCCAGAGAAGACCGAGACCUCAGCUCUGUACUUGGGAGAAAGUACAGAGCCCAAUUGGGACAUUCAGUUCCCUGCAUAUGGAAGAUUUGGAGAAAAUUAUAGACUUGACAAAGCCAGACUUUCUGCAGAACCCCCAUAAAUAUUUCGAUGGGAAGACGGAGGAGGAUUAUAACGAGAAACAGAUAUUUCCUACAGCUCCUGAAACUUUAAAAGUAGCUUUUGAUGAGAAGAGCCUGUUUCCUAAAGAGUUGCUGGAUCGUGAAAAAAAAAUAAACCUCCUGCACAAGGAAGAUUUAAAUGUAAUAAAAGCAAAAGCAAAUGGGGACGGGCCCAGACUGAAAGCAAGACAACUCCAAGAGAUUGCUCCAGAAAACAAGCUGGGGAAGCGGUAACAUUUAUAUCCAGAAGAAGAGAGUACUAUAAAGUAGAAGAACUUAAAGAAAUCCUUUCCUUAAAUCGCACUUCAUUGAACAUAACUACUAUGAAUGAAUUAAGUUAAUCAAACGUCUUCGAUCAUUUCAUGUGAAAAUGAAUAUUGUUACUUUCUGAUGAU